CUUCAGUUACACAGGAUGAACCCCCUGCCUCAGAAUAAUCUCGAGGAGCAACUGCGGCUGCAUCAGAACAAGCUGUCGCGUUCCCGCAAUGCCGCUCUCACGCCUCCCGCAGCCCAGCCCAAGGCUGGAUUCACAUUUAAAAAGACAGGAUCCGGCCCAGCAAUUCCAGAACUGUCCAGUGCCCUUCCAAAGAGAACAUUCGCUCCCUCCAGUGGCGUUCUCAUUGCAAAUAAAUUGCCUGGCAGUCCGACCAGGAGACUGCCUGUCGGAACCAACAGGGGUCCACAAAAACUCCUGCAGAACUCGCAACAGAGCCGCAUUAGCACCUUCCUGCAGAGGCCAGAUCCGAAGCCUUCUCCCUCCGUUCAGCAGACCGCAGCGACCUUGGCAACAGCGUCGAUUGCAACAACUUCUCGGGUGCCGAACAACGACAAGCCCCCGUCGACCGGGACUCGCUCGCCGGUUCAGCCCGCGGUCACGUUGCCGGCGCCGAUUCCGGCGCGUCAAGUGGCAUGGGUGACACCCAUGGGUGACCGUACAUGCCCGAUUAGCGAGCAGAAGAUUGAGAGUGUGGUGGACGAUGUUACGGCGAACGCACGAACAGAUCUUGACGAUGCAAACCCAGACUCGGACUUUGAUGACUUCGAAAUGGGACCAGCCCACCAGCAACAGAGAGCUCUGAACUGCUCUGCCCUGCGAGCAGUCCAACCAGCUAAUGGCGGAGGUCUCGUUCAAGAGAACGUUCCAGCAACAGCUCUUUGCCUCUCAGGCACUUCCAACAGCAUCAUUACUGUUUCGGACGUAGCCGUUGAUGACGGGCGUAUUAACGACGAUGAUGAUGACAUCGUCGUAAGAAGAAAGCGUGGGAGGAUCUUAAUUGAUGACGAUGAUGAGGAUGAUGAUGACUAUGGCGAUGCUACGGUGUUGGUUCCUGAGCAACCUUUACUUCCUGGGACCGAUUUGCAGACUGGCCAGACGUCUCCAUGCUUUAAUGGAACUCCGUGUGAAGAGAUGAGAUACGACCCGGGUGUUGUCGAACUCCAUGAACUUGACUUUGAGGACGACUCAUUUGAGGACGAGUAUGUGCCGCCAUCUCCGUCGCCCCCACCAGUCGUCUCUGUGAGCAGCCUGGGCCACAACGCAACUCUGCCCUCCAGUAUGCCCACAGAGCCAGGGCAACUGCGUACAAUGCUGUGCGAUGUGUCACGCUCGAUGUGUGCGCUGCUGGAGACUGUGCCACACCGCGCCAUCCUGAGCCUGCCCAUCCCGCCCGCCGAUGCCCACAAGCUACUCUCGCACCUCGCCAGGGGCAAAGCCAUUAUACGGAAGCUGGACAUAUUGGAAACCAACCCACCACAUACGAUUUCAGAUGCUCAAGAUCGGAGAUCAUCGGACGUGAAUGUAGUAAAUCAAGACUCAAACCUCACCCCGAACCCAGGCGCGAGCUCAAAAUCAACGAGUUCUUUGCGCAUAAAAUCGAAUGAGCGCAAUUAUUAUAAUGAUGGUGACUCUGACAUGAAUUACGAUGAUGAUUUAAAUCUUCCAUCGCUCAUGACGAAAGCUGUGGCCGCUAGUGCCGGUCGUGGUGACGCUGUGAGCCACAGGGCUGGAAACCCAGGUGAUGUCAGCAAAAAUUGGAGUCCCUUUGCCAUCAGCGCCAGCUACGAGACACCCAACGCCACGCGAGGGGCUUCACACGCGCCUCCCGCAUACGUGGAGACCCCGCGGGGGCGACCUCCACCGUCGUGCGACCGCGCUCGCGAAGACGCCCCCGACUACGACAAUCUGAGCGACGAUUACGACUUUUCGGAAAAUAUCGCCGAAAAGAAGGACAACGAUGGCGGACGCUUCCGAAACGACGUUGCUUUUGACAUCGACGACUUUAACGACGAUGAUGAAAGUUGGGCACAGCAGGUGGCGGAUGGUGAUUGCGUAGAUGGGCAAGAAGGCUUUGAUUGUAUGACACCCAAGCCAAUCAAAGAAGGACCCCCACUGCGUAAAAGCCUGUCUACGGGCGUCCAUGCCACGCCUGCACAGCGUUGUCGAAUCACCGCAAGCUCAUUGCGCGAAGCGCAAGUUCUGCACGAGUUCCAAGGGACAUCGUUCCCCCACUCCGCUGAGAUGCUCAAGGUGUUCCGGCACAAGUUUGGCCUCCUCCGCUUUCGCAAAAACCAACUAGAAGCUAUCAACGCAGCCAUGUUCAACCGGGACUGCUUUGUUCUCAUGCCCACCGGAGGUGGUAAGAGUCUGUGUUACCAGCUGCCUGCGUGUCUGUCUCCGGGUGUCAGCGUGGUGGUGUCACCGCUGAGGUCUCUCAUCGUCGACCAAGUUCAGCGUUUGGCAUCACUUGAUAUCCCGGCGACUCACCUCUCUGGUGAUAUCAAUGACGGAGACCUGGCUUCCAUUUACAUGCAGCUCGCCAAGAAGGAGCCAGUGGUCAAGCUCUUAUAUGUGACACCAGAAAAGUUGAGCUGUAGCACCCGUCUGCUGUCGGCGCUCGAUAAUCUCUACCAGAGGCAGCUGCUGUCCCGUUUUGUCAUCGAUGAGGCCCACUGUGUGAGCCAGUGGGGACACGACUUCCGGCCGGACUACAAGCGGCUGUCGGAGCUGAGGCGCCGUUUCCCGACGGUUCCCAUAAUGGCGCUGACGGCCACGGCGACGACACGUGUGCAGACCGACAUCCUGCACCAGCUCACCAUGAAGGCGCCACUCACGUUCAUCCAGAGUUUCAACAGGGAUAACCUGAAGUACGAGGUUUUGCCAAAGAAGCCCAAGAAGGUUGCGGAAGACUGCGUGCAGUGGAUACGCAGCAACUACCCACGCGACUCGGGCAUCAUCUACUGCCUGUCGCGGCACGAGUGUGACACCAUGGCCGAGUCCCUACGGCGGGCGGGGCUGGAUGCCCUAAGCUACCACGCUGGGCUCACGGACAAGCAGCGUGACCAGUCGCAACAGUGCUGGAUCAACCAGCGCGGGUGCAAGGUCAUUUGCGCCACCAUAGCGUUUGGCAUGGGCAUUGACAAGCCAGACGUGCGCUACGUCAUCCAUGCGUCCUUGCCCAAGUCCAUUGAGGGCUACUACCAGGAGUCUGGGCGCGCGGGUCGCGACGGCAUCGUGGCCAAGUGCGUGCUCUUCUACGGCUACGGGGACGUCACGCGAUUGCGCAGAAUCAUCUUCUCAACGGAGAGGGAAGGUGGUUCGCGUGAGAGCAAGCAGAUGCACAUGAGCAACCUCCACAGCAUGGUCCACUUCUGCGAGAACAUCUCCGAGUGCCGGCGCCUGCAGCUGCUCGCCUACUUUGGGGAGAAGGGGUUCGACCCGGGCUUCUGCCGGAAGAACCCCACCGUGGCCUGCGACAACUGCAGCAGCAUGCAGACGUUCCGCUUACGCGACGUGACGGAGAACGUCAAGACGGUCGUGCGUUUCCUGCAAUCGUCGAGCUGGGGGAGCAGGGGGGGCGUGGCGACGACGCGCUACACACUCAACAUGCUCGUCGACAUCUUCCUAGGCAACAAGUCGGCCCGCAUGACCUCGGGCCCCAUGUUCGGUAUUGGCUCCAGCUUCUCGCGUCACAACGCAGAGCGGCUCUUCCGCAAGCUGGUGCUGGACGGCUUGCUGCACGAGGAGCUGCACAUCACCGGCAACGACCAGGCGGUGUCGUACGUCGGGGUCGGAUCGCGUGGCAACGACCUGCUCGCUGGAACGAUGUUGAAGGUGGAGCUGCAGGAGACGGAGAGCUGCAGCAGCAGCAUACGCCGCAGCCGCGCCCAGGUGUGCGGAGGCUCCUCGACGGUGCAGGUGAUGGCGGAGCAGUGUGCGCAGGAGCUCACCGAGCUGUGUCGGCGCCUCGGGGACAAGCACGGCAUCAAGUACUACAACGUCUUCAGCACCGUCACGCUGCGCAAGAUCGCGGAAUCUUUCUCGGACGAUGCGGAGGCUCUCCUGCAGAUCGAGGGCGUCACGGAAGACAAGAUGCAAAAGUAUGGCACCGAGGUCUUGAAGGUCAUGAGCAAGUACACACAGUGGCGCCUCCCAGGGAACAGCACCAACUCUACCGAAGGAACGUGGCUGGAUUGCAGCCGCCCGAUGGAACCCGGGCAGUCGUCUGGCACAUCCCACGUAUCACCGUAUGUCCCCCCAUCCCCUCCGCCAUCGGCGGGAUCGUCUUCCGCGUACUUUAGCUCGGGGCGCCGUGGCAGGGCGGGCAAGCGCAAGGCGAGAGGCGGUGGCCGGAGUUACAAGGGCAAUAACUACAAGCGGCGUAGAGUCUCGGCAGACGGCGCAGAGGGCAGCAGUUACUCGAGCGGUGGACGCGGCGGCCAAUUCCGCGGCAGGGGCCGGGCCGGCGCUCGCAAGCGCGGAAGCGUCAAGAGCGGCGGGGGUGCGGUGGGCUUCAUGGACCGCUCUUGCACCCCCCCCGGGCGCGCGACGGGCGCAAGCUGGACCGGUUUCAGUCGCAAGCCGGGACUCAUGGCCAUGCCCACACCGCGGAGUGCGCGUACCACCUUCCCCAACAACAAAUGAGUCGUCGACGCUUCCUCAUCGGGGACACUGGGGUGACGACGUGCUGCAGUUCAUCCACGAGCACGACUCAGUCCGGCGUUACGACGUUUUGGCACAAGUGCGUCACAGCUUAUGUUCUCUUAUUACCCGGUUUAUGGUUGUUUCAGCGCUCCAUAAUCGGACUCGUGGACUGACGACAACAAAGACCUUGUUUUAAAAUAAUAAAUAAAUGUAUAUCGAGCGACCGUUGGUGUAUGUGUGAGUGUGCUUUGGCUCACUGCACCGUAGCAUUAGUAUUGAUUUCCACUAAAAAUCUUCUGUCUGCUUUGCACAUAAGUUGUGGAUCUGGUGGAAAUACUUGAGGGUUUGCAGGCACAGUCAGUGUAUUACCAGUGCCGGAUGAUGCACAUUCCAGUGAUGCCUGCAGGCCCUUUGACCCUUUGCUUUAACAACAAAGUAUUCCACAUUCUCAUGAAUAAUGCAAUUCACAGAAGGCUGUGUUAAACAACAGAUGUAUCAUUUUAGUUUUGCUGCCGUGGCUGAAAUGCCUCGUCAUCGGUGCAAUCCCCACUAAGGCAGUCGGCACAUUGCUUAUGGUUUGAUGCCUGCUGUGAAUAUCUGCAACUGGUUAUGAGUGUGCACGUAUCGAUUCACCCCUGAUGUGAUAUGAUCUGUCACAAUUAGUAGUGACAAUUUAAUACAAAGUCAUCUCUUUUUGUCUUGUUUUUCCUGUCUGCUAUCUUGUCUGUACUGCCCUAUACUGUCUCAUUGGUGCUGUUGGUACUGCCCCACUUGCGCUGCCUGUUUUCCCCUGCAUUGUUGCGUUCAGAAUAUGUACUGUUUAAUUUGCGCUUUCCAUGAUGUCUACUGCGUACUUUGUUCUAUGCUGUUGUACCAUCCUGUGUUACGGUCUAAUUUCACGAGGCUGUAGAUUUCUUCCGACGAAGCUGUUCCUUCUGUCUUGCACAUUAUCUUCUUUGGUUGAAGGGAUAACUUCGUUUUUGCGCAGUUUUCUGCACUUGCGAGUAAUGGGAUUACAUUUCAGGUGAUGAAUCUUUACUGACCUAGUCCAUAUGAAAAUUGUGCCGUACGCUGUAAAGUGGACAAGAAAGACAACCCCAAAGAAUAAAUAUUUGUCUUGUUACUACAUACCAAGACUGGGUUUCAUGACCUGUCCAAUGCGAUUUGAAGCUUAACUCGUUUUUUUACGGAAUUGAAAAGAACAGCAAAAUGUUAAAUUUAGAUUUAAAGCUUUCGUGACUGCAGGGAUUCAUAUUCUUGGUUCUUUCGGUAAAGUCACGUAGAAGGGAAACAAUAAAAUAAUACAAAUUAUUUUAAUUAACAAUACAAAAUUCAUUUUUAUUAACAAUAAAAUAAUAAAAAUAUUUGUAUUAUUUUAUUGUUUCCCUUCUACGUGACUACCAAAAGAACCAAGAAUAUAGCAAAAUGUGAGUUUCAGGUGCAAUGCCAUUGCGUCCGAUAUAUAAUUGCCAUUCAAGCCAUGCUGGAGCCUCACUACUCUAGCUACACCACGAUGCACCGUGUACAACAGUGGAAGUUGUUUCAUGUUAUUUUGUUUCAUGGACCAACUUGCAUGUAAGAAAAUUUUAAAAAUCACAAAGGCUGCAUUCACGUUGUUUUAUAGGGAGGAACUUGACUGUGUGUUUUAAUUGCACGAGUUAGUUCAACUAUUACAUUGCGAGGGAACUGUUAUAUUGGUAAUGAAAAAUGACCUAAUUGUGUUUGUGUGGGUUGCAUUUCCCUUGAAGACGCUAGGCUAUUAUUGUGUGUCGGUGCCAUAUCUUGAAUGUUACACGUAAGUCUGAUUUGUAACGCGCACAAUGUUGUGUGGCGAGCUGCUAUAACAAGCAAGAUAAAUUGGCUACAGGUAAACAGAAAGUUUAUAAAACAGUCCUUUUAGUCUAAAUUCUA